AUGCAAAAAACGGACGCAAUUACACGUAGGAAAUGGAAUGAAUCGCGUAACUUCGACACAUUACCCAGUUGGGAGGAUUGCUCAAAAUUGUUGGAUAGGCAUUGCCAGUUUCUCGAAUCACUAGACAGUGGAAACGGCAAUCAGUCAUCACCACAACAUAAACCUAAUAAUCUUAACUCCAAGACUAACAGACGCUCAAAACAAUACGCAUUUGUUGCAUCUACAUCCAGCAAUUCCUGCUCAAUUUGUUCUAGCAAUGAACACCUAAUACAGAAUUGUCAUCGUUUUAAGGCACUGGAGGUGGUUCAAAGGUUUGAAAAGGUGAAGGGCCUUAAACUCUGCAUAAACUGCUUAUCGCCACGCCAUCAUGUGGUUAAUUGCACAUCAACGUUUAAAUGUAAGGUUUGCGCAAAGCCACAUCACACUCUCUUGCAUCAUUCGCAAUUACCAACGAAUAUUAAGAGCGCCGGAUCAUCACGACGCACAGAACACGCCGCUAUGCCCAACGACAAUGUUGCCAGCCAUUCCCAUCUUAACAUGUCAUCGGCCGAGCAAAUAAUUCUAGCCACUGCAUUGGUUUUAGUGAAGGACUCAUCGGGAAGUUAUCAAGUGGGUAGAGCCUUACUUGAUUCAUGCUCUCAGGUCAACUUCAUAACGGAGGAGUUUUCAAUGAAGCUUAGUUUAUCAAAACAUAAACAUCGGCUGCAUGUUUCCAGUAUUGAUAGUUCGUUGACCAAUAUAAGGUAUCAGACGCUCACAUCAAUCAAAUCUCGUCAUUCAAAUCUUGAACUUGCUUUAAACUUUGGUAUUACGAAUCACAUCGCAUAUCAACCAAGUUCUGAAAUCGAUAUAUCGUCGUGGAAGGUUCCACCAAAUACACCUCUCGCCGAUGACCAAUUUUUUAAAUCCAAGCGCGUUGACCUUUUGCUUGGAGCUGAAAGUUUCUUUGACAUUUUGUCUGUCGGUCAAAUCAAACUAGGUGAAAAUCUUCCAGUACUUCAAAAAACACUAUUAGGAUGGAUCGUAUCUGGGAAGUACAAGGGUCAGCCAUUUGCAUCACCAGCAGCAAAAUGCCUAUUAUCAGUUGAAGAUACAGUUUCCGAUCAAUUAGAAAUGAUGUGGAAGAUAAAGGAAGUGCAACCGGCUGCAAAGUCAUGGUCACCAGCACAUGUUGCGUGUGAGUCAUUAUAUCGUGAAACGGUCCACCAAAAUGCGAUGGGAAGAAUUGUCGUUCGGUUACCAUUCAAGGAUUCGCCAGAUUGUCUUGGUUUGACACACAAUAUCGCCUUACGCCGUUUUUGUUCUGUAGAACGGCGCUUGUCAUCUAAUCGUGCACUAAAGCAAGAUUAUCAAGAAUUCAUGAAACAAUAUCGAGAGCUCGGACACAUGACGCGUGUUGAGACUCCGAAAACCAACGAACCACAUUAUUAUAUCCCUCAUCAUUGUGUUUUAAAACCGUCGAGCACAUCGACCAAGCUGAGGGUGGUUUUUGAUGCGUCAUGUCCAACAACAUCGCAACGUUCAUUAAAUGAUAUUCUACUGGUCGGCCCGACAAUUCAGCCGGAGUUAUACUUGUUGCUACUUCAAUUUCGUUUGCACCGAUAUGCCUUGACGGCUGACAUUGUUAAGAUGUACCGACAGAUACUGAUAGAUGAACCAGAUCGAAAAUUCCAAUAUAUUUUUUGGCGAGAUACGGAGUCCGAUCCUGUUAGUACUUACGAGUUGAAUACAGUCACUUAUGGUACUGCAUCAGCACCUUUCUUAGCAACCAGGAGUUUGCAAUAUUUGGCGGACAAAUUUGAAACACAAUACCCAAUAGGCGCUGCACUCAUUAAAUCAUCGUUCUUUGUCGACGACUUCUUAGGUGGAGCGGAUUCCAUUGAUCAACUCACCAAUAUCAGACAUCAGUUAACGGCCAUUCUACAGAAGGGUUGCUUCGAUCUUGACAAAUGGCAUUCAAACCAUCAUGACUUCAUCAGCGAUACUACAACAAAGAGUUUAAAUCUUGAUACAGAUACAGUCACCAGCGCCCUAGGCAUCAAGUGGCACCAAAUGCAAGAUGUUUUCCUAUUUUCGUUCAAUGCGCAACCAGGUCAUAUUGUAACAAAACGCACCAUUUUAUCCCUUGCGUCUUUCAUAUUCGACCCGCUUGGAUUACUAGCACCGAUCAUACUCGUAGCAAAAAUUAUGAUGCAAGAAUUGUGGCUGUUGCGUGUGGACUGGGACGAGUCAGUCCCUCAAAAUCUUCACUCAGCUUGGAAAACAUUUAUUCAAGAUCUUACAACGCUUUCAUCGAUUAAGGUGCCGAGAUACUGCCUAUCCAUAAACUAUCAACAGGUUGAUGUACACGGUUUCUGUGACGCUUCAAUACGCGCAUAUGGUUGCUGCAUAUUUCUCCGAUCACAAAACACAUCAGGUAAGGUGACGGUCAGGCUAUUCACUGCAAAAUCCCGUGUGGCACCUAUAAAGCGGAAGUCGCUACCUAAACUAGAACUCUGUGGUGCCUUACUUCUUGCCAAACUGUAUCAGAAGGUCCAACCAAUAUUUGCGCAAUUUAAAGGUGAAACGUUUUUUUGGACUGAUUCACAGAUUGUAUUACAUUGGUUGAAGCAGCACUCAUCAACCCUGUCUGCAUUCGUUGGCAAUCGAGUAGCGGAAAUUCAAGAUAUUACCGCAAAUGGGCAAUGGAGACACGUUCCUACCCAAUCCAAUCCGGCAGAUGUUGUGUCGCGCGGCUGUAACAUCCGCCAAUUAACAGAGUCCUGUUGGUUCACGGGGCCGGAAUUUUUGUUACUCGCUGAUAAAUACUGGCCGCAUUUGAAAUGUCACAACCUGGAUAUGGAAGAAGUCAAUAAAGAGACGCGAAAGGUUGUAUUUGUUAACACAAAUGAAGACAACUACGUAUUACAGGUAUUGUCAAGAUAUAGUUCAUACACUAAGAUACUACGAGUAAUAGCGCAGGUACAGCGAUUCUAUCAUGUAACCAAGAAUAAAGUGAAGAACGGAGAAUGUACCCUCCAACCUAUUCAGCUACAAAAGGCAUUGCACUGUAUAAUUUGGGUCAUCCAACAGCAAUUCUUCGAAAUUGAUAUACAACGCCUACAACGAGGGAACCCAGCCGAAGGUACAUUAAAGCAUCUAAAUCCCUUCCUGGACAAUGUAUUCGGUUAUCAAUUACUAAAGGUGGGAGGUCGCCUCGAGCUGAGUGACAUCUCAGUAGGCCAACGUCACCCUAUUUUGUUGCCGAAGGGCUGUUAUUUUGUGGAACUUUAUGUUCGGCAUGUACACUUGUGCAACUAUCAUGCAGGCGCAAAGGCACUAAUUGCCCUUACUCGACUAAACUUCUGGAUAAUUAAUAUUCGAGAAAUUGCACGCCGAGUCGUGCACUCGUGUAUUCACUGCGUGCGUUAUAAACCCAAACUACUUAAUCAAAUGAUGGGUAAUCUCCCAAUCGAACGCCUCACUCCAAGUCGUCCAUUCGCGCGUACUGCGGUAGAUUUUUGCGGUCCUAUAUUAACGUAUCUCCGAAUUCGGGGACGGGUUCCAUAUAAGACCUAUAUAGCCGUGUUCGUUUGUUUGUCUACAAAGGCAGCUCAUCUCGAAGCCGUGUCAGACUUAUCUACGGAGGCAUUUAUUGCAGCACUGAAAAGGUUAAUCGGUAGACGAGGGUUACCAUCAGACAUCUAUUGCGAUAACGCUACAAACUUCGUUGGGGCUAACAACAAACUAGCAGAGUUAAAAAGGAUGUUUUUCGAGAAGUCUAAUCAAGUGAUGCUGCAGACCUUUUGCAGCAACCAAUUCAUAAAUUUCAAUUUUAUACCGCCCCGAGCACCUCACUUUGGAGGUCUAUGGGAAGCGGCUGUAAAAAGCGCGAAAGGCCAUCUGUAUCGAACACUAUCAAAUACUCGAUUCACCUUUGAGGAGCUUGGAACAGCACUGAUUGAAAUCGAAGCCAUCUUAAAUUCGCGACCAAUCACACCUCAUUCUUGUGACCCGAGCGAUUACGAAGCGCUAACGCCGGCACAUUUUCUUAUCGGUGGGCCGCUCAAAACUUUAUCUGAACCAAGUCCUCAGUAUGAAGCUGCUUCAUUAAUUGAUAAAUGGUCUCGUAUAACCGCAGUCAAACAUCACUUCUGGCGCAGAUGGUCUAGAGACUAUCUGAAUGAGCUGCAGAUACGCACCAAAUGGACAGAAGAACAAUCUAACAUCACCGAGGGGGCUCUGGUUCUAAUCCAAGAAGACAAUAUGCCUCCACAACGCUGGUUGAUGGGCCGAAUCGUGCAUUGCAUCAGGGGUCCAGAUAAUUUGGUUCGUGUUGUUGAUGUGCAAACCCCAAAAGGAGUAAUACGCCGUCCAAUCCACAAACUCGCACUGUUACCAAUUGAAAAUCCUUUCAAGGGGGGCGGAAUCGAUGGUUAUCCAUUGUGUCGUCGUCGAGACACUGACCAUGGUGGUCAAUCACAUCAAUUACGCAUGUCAAACGGUACAAUAGUUGACAUUGACAAUCACUGGCACGUUCUCAUUGACUCGGAAGAAAACCAAGUAUUAGUAGUCAAUCAGGAACCGCAACCAGGUAUACUGAUUGCCAAUACAAUUGUUAAUACCAAAAACCCAUUUAUUCGUAUUAUAAAUACGAAUACAACAAAUAAAACACUAAGUCUCAAUAGUAAUCCGACAGAAAGUCUUUCCAAUUACCAAAUAACAAACCAUAAUAAAACUCAAGAAAACCGAAAAAGUGAAGUACUCUCAAUACUCAGUAAAAAUUUUCCAAAACAAUUUCAGGCACAAUUAACUAAGAUAUUGAAUAGUUACAGUGAUGUCUUUGGACUCGAAUCAGAUCCAAUAACAACAAAUAAUUUUUAUAAACAAAAAAUAAGACUUAAAGAUGAUGAACCAAUAUAUAUUAAGAAUUAUAGAACCCCAUAUACAUAUAAGGAUGAAAUUAAGAAACAGGUCCAAAAAUUAGUAGACGACGGUUUAGUGGAACCAUCCCAGUCAGAAUACAAUAGCCCACUUUUACUAGUGCAGAAAAAAGCUUUACCCAAUUCAAACACGAAAAGAUGGCGGUUAGUAGUAGACUACCGCCAAAUAAAUAAAAAAUUACUUGCAGACAAAUUUCCACUCCCUAUAAUAGAAGACAUACUCGAUGAAUUGGGAAGAGCAAAAUAUUUUUCAUGUCUCGACCUAAUGUCCGGAUUUCACCAGAUCGAACUUGACGAAAAAUCAAGAGAUGUCACCUCUUUCUCAAUUAGUACUGGUUCGUAUCGUUUCAAACGACUACCAUGCGGACUAAAAAUAGCACCAAAUUCCUUUCAGCGUAUGAUGACGUUAGCAUUUUCUGGCCUAGAGCCAACUGAAGCUUUUCUAUAUAUGGAUGAUUUGAUUGUAAUAGGAUGUUCUGAAAAGCACAUGAUGAACAAUUUAACAAACUAUGUCGAGAGCAUAACCUGA